GCGUGCCAGAGGCCCACCAGAGCAAGGCAGCUUCCAGCUGCGUGGCGCGGUUUGGGCGGUUGUAGAUGAGGCGCCGCGGUUGCAGCCUGGCGCCCUAUUACCCAAGAAAACCGGCCACGGCUCUCAUGCGCCAGAACUUGCGCCCGAACAAACUUGAUCCAGAACUUGUUCCAGAACUUGUUCCAGAACUUGUCUCAGAACUUGGCUCAGAACUUGUCUCAGAACUUGCCAGAGUGGAGCAGGCAAUCUUCGCUUUGACGAACAAUGCUGACGACAAAAAGUAUUCGCCUCUUGGACAAUGGUUUUUGUUGACAUUUCCAGCGCCCGUGCUCUCUGCUCGCUCGAACAAAAGAUUGACCGACGUUCUAGUACCUCAUUGCUGCUAGCCGUGGCUGUCAAUUCAUCUUGCCAAUUCCGUUCCAGCAUUCAUUUGAAGAGAGCCCACUAUCUGCAAAAACAAAAUCAAACAGCUACCGUAUGCGCAUACGGCAAGUCAUCGGCGUGUUGAAGCAGGAGAGGUUCGGGGUGCUGCGUGAAGGUACCGAAAGCUUUUUUUUUACGCACUGUGUAGUGGGUUUGGGUGGCGUCGCAUGGAUCAACAAUGGGAUGGCAGCGUGCACCAAACUGACUGUAUAAGUUCAAAUAGUGAUAACCAUAACUAGUGCGUUGGAAAAACUACAAAAACUAUAGGUAUCGUUCGCGAUGUGGUCGAUCUUCGUGACCUGGUAACCACCAAAGUCACAGCAGCAGCGGUCAAGCCCGCAUACCUGAACGAGAUCAAAGAGCGGCUUAAGGACAAAGAGGUACUUACGGACAGAGAAUCCAUUUCUUUGACGGGUCCGUAGUCGCAUCCGACUUCGAAGUGAAUACUUAUUUUGUCCGAACGCAAAUCUAAUUCUUCAACAGGUCAUUUUCCAAACCAAAAACGUAAAAACAGUCGUCGCAGCAGGGCGGAUCGCCAUCGACGACGGGGAACCAUUCGAAAGCUUCAUCGCCGGAAGGAGAUGGGACAACGUCGGAUGCCGUGGAAGCAAGCAAGGCAGCAUCGGCGUCUUCUACGGCACCAAAAGCGCAGAUGCCGCAACCACCGGCUGCAGCACGCGUGGCGGAGGUAGCACAACAACCCGCAGCGCGCGCCCCACCAGCAGCACCUUCCACCGCCACAGCACCACCCGCGGGAGCGGGACCUCCCGCGCCAGCCGCUACAAGCAGUCCGUUUGGUGCCAUGGGGCCGCCUCCGCCAGUUGCAGCAUCGGCGCCAGCACCGGAACGCGAGAGUACCGCCACCUCGGGGGGCACAUCUACUCCCCCGGUUCCAGCGCCAAGUGCGUUUGGUGGACCACCACCGUCCGCGGACGGCAGUAAAAGUUCGGUUACAACCCCAGCGGCACCGCCCGCGCCGCCCGUGCCGCAGCAACAGAUGAUGAACCCCCCUCCCACUCCGGUGUUGCAGACAAGCAAGAAGAGCCAGCAGCAGGUCCCUCCACCGCUCGCGACCUCCCAAUCCUCCCUCAUGCCCGUCGCUCCGCCACCCGCCACAGCGGGAGCAGCAGGUAGUCCCUCGCCGGCAAGUGCGACGUCGCAAUUUCCCGCGUCAGGAAAUCCUUCUCCCGCCUCCGCGGCGCCCCCGUCGGUAUUAACAGAGCAUCCGUCCUAUCAAGUGUAAAAAUGUCUGGGUCUGGAAGAAUGCAAGAUUUGUGAUGCAGGUUUUCCAUGACCCAUGAGGUCUGGAAUGCGAAACCCAGCAUGACAGAUUCUUUGCGGUCUCUAUCAUGCCUUUCCCGCAUGGGAAACUCCCUCUCAACUUAGUCAAAAGCGAUAGGAAGGAAAGGAAAGUAGUGAAUCGCGCAAAUUAGAUAGAGAGGAUCAAGAAUGGCGUUUCUAGUGCCACGCUUCAAGCCACCGCCGAAGAAGGAGAAAAAAGAAGAGGUGCGAAAAUUAGACAGGCUGAGCACGCUCCUGGAGGAAAUGGAAAGGGAUACAGAGAAGCUGCGAGAAAAGAUAGAGAAGGAAAAAAAAGACCCAAAUGAAAGAGCAACGGUAGCCGAGCUAAUAGAAAAAAGGGAAAACGACACAAAAUUGACAGGGAAGGCGAGGCCAACCAUGACGAUCGAUGAGAUAAAUAAAAGGAGGGGAAGCAUGAAAAUGCGUAUACUAAAGAACCUGAUAGAAGUGCGGAGGAAGAGAAAGACACCCAUGACAAAGUGGCUGCGUAGGACGCCGGAGAAAGACGCAUCAGGAAAGGCGCUAACAAUGAAACAGAGACAGCAUAUAGCGAGGGCAAUGAGAUUGAAAGCGGGGGCGGAAAAAAUGAAAAAGCGAUUUGCCGCAGCGAUAGGAAGUGAGGAGACAAACACGGAGCUGGAGGACGAAAGAGACAAGAAAAGGGCGCUAGGAAUAGUCCGUCUAAGGAGGAUGAGCAGAAUACAGUGGAAGAUACAUAUCGGCGAUUACAUGAGAAGGUGGAGGGCGCAGAAUAAGAAAAAGAAGAAGGCAAAGGCUCUGCUGAGUAAGGAUAGAAAAGAAAUAAUCAAUACAAACUCGAAGAAUGCACGGAAGAAACUAGCGCACGCGCUCGAGUCGGAGGAAGGAUACAGGGAGUGGCAGAAGCGGGCUCGAGCGCUAAUAGAGACGAAAUCGUAUAAAGGGAACGAAGCCCUAGUUAGCUUGUCGCGGGUCGAAAGAUUAGAACACGAAAAGAAGAGAAAGCAGCGGGCUGCACAAGGACAAGCAAAGAGGAUGAAAGAAGCUCGGAAGAGGGAAAAUAACACACAGAGAGCAGACCGGCUGCGGAAAAUUCGGGAAAGGAGAGAAGAAGCGGACAAAAGGGCGACGAUGAGGAGCGCGGGUGGUGGCUGAGGGAAGCGUGCAAGUCAACAAGAAAAAUUGGGUCGAUGAAAAGAUAAGAUCUAACUAAGGGAGAGAAUAGAGAUCAAAAGGAAAACAGUUUAGCAACAACAAAAGAGAUCAGUAAACCGCAGGGCACCGACUAAAAAGAUGGUAGAGAGGUGCAGUGUGUUCAAAAAAUAUAAGAUGACCAAAAAACAAAAAGCAGCGAUGAAGUAUAUUGGUGAAGCAGAGAGAAGGCGUCAGCUUAGAGCUGUAGACUGAGAAGAAGUAGUAGACUUUUUGAAAUGGCGAUGAAUAAACAGGAAAGUAGCGACCUCGUGCAUUUUAUGUCAAGUUUUUAGUAUUAUUUUGUUCCCUUUAUUCGAAGAGGGUAGAAUAGUAAACAGCUAGCGUAGCAAUAGUAGGAGUAGACGGCUCUGAUAGUCAAAAACAGUUAAAAAUAAUACAAAAUAGUGAAGACAAGAUGGACGGGAACGAAAGAAAUGAGGAUAGAAAAGUGCAGGAAAGCCUGCUACCGCGUGAAGCACCGGAAAGACGAGACGAUAGCAAGGAAAGGACGGGCGCAGAAGAAAGGGAAGGCGAAAUGGGAGAAGAAAAAGAAGAUUGCAACGACAACGAGGAGGAGCCGGGCGGAUUAUGGAAAGGAGAAACGCAAGAAGAAACGGGGGAAGAAGAGAAAAAAGAAAGAGAUGAUGGGCAGGAUGUUCUAAGAAGAGAGCGACAUAUGUUCUGGAACAUAAACGGGGUUAAGCGCCUGAAUGCGAUUAGACUAGUGAAAGCUUACAGAGAUAUAGUGCCAAAAAUUACAGGGGCGAGCUGCGCCGAGCUGAAGACCGCCGCCCUGACACAAGAUCAGGCAGCCUUCAAACAUGUAGAAGAGGAGAUGAAAAGAUUAGGAAUGGAGGGGAGGCCAGGGAUAUACUUCGCAGCCGCCACAGACAUGAAAGGCGUGGCGUCAGAAAUGAACUCGGGAGCCGUAGGGAUAGUAUACACAGACGAAAUGAAGAAGCUACCAAAAAAGACAAUGAGAAAGGAGAUUUUCCGAAGGGAGAAGGGGGGCGCAUUCUUCCAGAGAGAUGUGACAGACAAGGAGGAUAUACUAUUAUGGAUGAUCGCAGCGGAGGACGAAAGAGGAAUGCUAGUGGUCGCGUUCUAUCGGAGACCGGCAAAGGACACACCGAAAGACUGCGAAGAGGUAGCGUAUAUAAGGAAACAGAUGCAGGAAAUGACUUCAGCGCUCGAAAAAAUGAUAGAAGAGGCAGGAAUAGCAAUACUGGCGGGAGAUCUAAACUGUCAGUAUCAAAUUGAUGAAGGAGGAAAGGUGAAAUUUGAAAGGGAACGCACAGGAGUGCAAAAAGUCUACUUCAGCGAAAUAAUAGAACCGAUACAGAAGAUUUUCAACAAACACGCUGAAACGUUAACAACAGGAGGCCCAACAUGCUUCCGAAACCCGGAAAAUCCGACAACGAUUGAUAUAGUAGCGAUAGCCGAAAAAAGGGCAAAAGUUGUGGCGAAGACCUGCGACAGAAUUCAAAUACCGCGGACAGUAAAAGAGGAAAACGGAGAAGACAAGGAGGCAGAGGGGGAGAAUAAAGAAGAGGAGUCGGACCACGUAGCUCUGCUAGCAGACAUAGUGUGGAUCCCAGAGCCCGAGAAACCCACAGAAGAACAAAAACAGAAGAAAGAAAAAGAGCAAAAGAGGUGGAAAUUUAACGCGCGCUAUACGCUGAUGGUGCCGACAGUUGAAAGCUCAAGGCAGCGGAUCGAGAUCAUAAAAGGGAAAGAAAGACUUCAGAAGAAAAACCCUGUCACGCAGUUGGUGAAAUGGCCGAGAAAGUCGGUGACGUUAGAAAGACUACAGCAAGUGAUGGAAAAAGCAGGGACGGUGCCAGAAGAUCGUAGGAGCAUGCUAGGGAUGCAAAAAUGGCUGAUGGAGAAACUAGGAGAGGCAGGCGUGCUGAAAUUAAAAGAAGUACCGAAACAGGACGCGAAUUACGAAAAUUGGCAGAAGAAGAAAAAAGAAGAGCGAAAAACGCAGGAGAAAGAAGAGAAGAACGAGGAAACCGCACGACAGCAGGAGCAAAAAUCAAAACAGGACGAAAUGGAAAAGGCAUGGCUGGCGUCAUUCGCAGAGAAGCCAAAGAAGGAAGAGAAAAACGAGAAAGCGGUUUAUGAGACGGCUAGAAAGGUGAAAGAAGCUGUGUGCGGGGUAGGCAGAGGAAUGCCGAUGGGGGAGGCGAAAGAAGUAACAGUAGGCGGCACACUAGUGCAAGGGGUGGAAGCAGCGACAGAAAGGAUAGCGAGUAGCCACCUCCUCAAGUGUGAAUUCGUGAGAAAGCAAAAUGACAAAAAGCACACGUAUGACGGAAAAGAGCUCGAAAAAGCGCUAAGACAGCUCACGCAAGCAUGUAAAGAAGUAAAGAGCAUACGAUUUACGGGGCCACAAUUACAAGCACAUGUCUCAAAGUUAAACAGUGAAGCAGCAGGCAUGGAUGGGCUCCGACAAGGAAUAUACCGCGCCCUCACACCAGAACAAUACCAAGUGCUAGCAGAGGUCUUUAAUAGGUUUUUAGAAGAAGUGGAGGAGUAUGAGAUGAAAAGAAAUGAGGGAAGGGGGCCGAAGCUCCUGGAGGAGCACCUCAAUGCGGCGCAGGUGGAACUGUUGAAAAAACAAACAGCAGCAACAACGGCAAUAGAAAAGAUCCGGACCGUGAUACAGGGGACAGCGAUAAUGAGGGUGUUGCUGAGCGUAGUGGUAUAUGAAAUGGUGCGGGUAGCCGACAAAAAUGACGCAUUCACCCGAUGCGGUUCAGCAUCAAAACCAGGAGCAAGCUGCCAAGCCACAGCGCUGCAGGUCUUGGAGACAUGUCACGAGGGGGAAGAGAGGGGCGAAGCGGAAACACCGGACGAAAGAGAGGAGGGAGGUAAUGGGAAGGGGAAAAGAAGAAAGGAGACGGUAGUCUUUGGGCUAGAUGCGUCCAACUAUUUCAACAAUAUAGGGCUACCGAGGGCAGUAGCAGCAUACAGAGCUGCAAAACUACACCCGUGUUUCAUAAAGUUGAUAAUAGUAACAGCGUGGACAAAGGAUUUAUGGAUCAGAAACGGGGAUUGUUACGGACAUGUACUAAGACACCGCGAACUCAUUCAGGGCGCAGUAGAAACGAUGUUAGCGGGGACCCUGAUUUUCCUCCCAGGGGUAGAAAUAAUCGCGGAAUUCCUCGAAGAAAUCUUUAAUGAAGACGGUAGGGCUGAAGAGGAAAGGCUAAAAAUAGCAGAAGCAAAGAUGAGAACGAGGAUUAAAAGGCUUUACAAAGGGGGCGACAUCGAUACAACUUUCCCCGAUUACAAUGUCAGAGAAGAAGUCGACGAGAUCUACCUCAAAGAAGCCCAGCCAGUAGUCACGGGAUACAGAAAGGGAGAGAAGGUAACGACAGAGCAGGGAAAAAGAAAGGUGAAUGAGAAAAGAAAAAGGGUGGAGACUCGAUACUACUCAGGAACACUCCCCGGAGACGGGAAAAGAAGAUGGACCCUAUGCGUGCAAUACGUGGACGACGGCACAGUUGUAAUAAAGUUCUUUAUCGAAGAUAUACAAAUAGUAGCGCGCGCGCUCAGAGCAGCACGCUGGGCAUAUGAGGAAAUAUACGCAACCGAAGGACAAUUCUUGGCACCACAGAAGUGCGAAGUUGCAACGUCGAUAGAAGACCCGCUGAAGGUAAACGUGAUCAGACAGGCCUUCCAGCCUUUCGGGAUUUUGUUCGAGGAAAAGAUAUUUCUGAAGAUUCUGGGGAUCAAAAUAGUGCCAAAAGACAAAACGGAGCAAGCCAAGGCCCUGCGGGGGCAGGUAAGACAAAGUAUAGGGAUAGGACAACACUUGGCGUACCAAGUAAUGGCGAAAAGGGGAAGGCUCAACGGCGAAGAACUCACGUGGGUAGUGCAGGUCUUCUUCGUGUCGGCAAUGAUAUACUUCCUGCCAGUGAUGCAUUUAUAUUUCGACCUAGGAGACUGGGCGGAAUUGAUGGGCGAAAUGGCGCUGACAAUAGCCGAAACAUUGGGAAUGACAACGGAGGCAGUGGAAGAGCUGAUGGCCCGAACAGAAACAACGGCGGAGACAUUCUAUAGGGUAGUGUUCGGGAUGAAUUUACUCGGACUAGCUGACCCGUACACGAUGGGACUGAAAACGUUGCGGGCAACGGCGCAGGCAAACUACCUAACAGACCCGGCCUUGUUCGCACCAUUAGCAACGACGCCAGUGAAGGUAGUAGGCGAAGCAAAGGCGGGCAUCCCGAAAACAGAAGAACGAAAAAUGCUGAAAAGAAAAGAAGCCGACAUAGCACUGCUGCGGGCGCUGAAGGACGGCGCGACAGUCAGGCUAUCGCCGGGGAGUGACCUGCGUGCAGUGGGGAUCGUGAAGGAGAGAAGCGCGCGGGCCCCCCUAAGGGUAGAGGAUCAGUAUACACACAGGGGGAACGCGGGAUUGGUAGUCAGCAGGAACAGAAAAGGAGGCCUCGGGAAGAAAGGUCAGAGCAAUAGGAUGCAAAAAAUAUGGGUGAAGCAUGCCGGAAACGAAAGAAGUACAACCGUCACAGUACAGGAGGCAAGUGAAAGGACGGAGACACACCUGAGGACGAUAGAGACAAAAGUGGAGCACCUAAAGACUGAAAUAAGAACAGAGGAAAGGACUUUCGUGGCAUAUUGCAACAACGCAAUGAGGGCCAUAGAAAUAGUCACAGAGAAGAGGAAGAAAGAAGGCGGAGCGGUGCAGAUUAUACUGCUAGACUACAACGAGUUAAGGGAGAAGACCAGAGGGAUACUACGCAAAGGGCACGGAAUAGGCUUGGAGCUACAGGAGACAAUAGAAAAAGCCGAAAGUGAGGACCCGGGCCUAAAUAUAGUAACGAGAAGGGAAAAAGGAAAUGCAAGCAGAGCAGAAACGAUAAGAAAUAUAGACGGAGGGACAAAAGAAGAGAUACCGCUCAGGGUGGCCAAUGUGUUAAAUCACGACAAUGAGUAUACGGACUGGGUGCGGUUCGACUUUGGGACGAAGCGGAUUCCACUGAAACCGGUGUGGGAAUGGCCGGAAAUGUCAAAAAUAGAAAGGCAGGUAUACAUACAUAGGAAAAUGAAGGAUGAGGAGACAGAAGGGGACAAAAAGAAAGAAAAGGCAGAAGCUGGGGAUGGCGAGGAAAUGAAGCAAGGCUUAGGAGAGAAAGACAGCGCGAAAUCACAAAAGAGGAAAGAAACGAAAAAGAACACCAACACAGAGAGGGUAGGAAAGGGGAGUGGCGCUGCAAGUAGUCAAAGCAGAAAUAGCCGGGAAAAUGUAGAAAGAAAACAAGAAGAAAAAGGGGAAGAAAGAAGGGAAGGAGAGACACUCUCAGAAACUAUACUGCGACUAAUCGAGAAAGAGAAGAAGAAAGCAGAGGAAACUGGUGACGAGAUGGCGCAGGGGGCAUUCAGAAUAAUCCAGAAAGCGACGAAACUGUUGCAGGAGGUAGAGGAGGCGAAUAAAGAAGAUGAUGGUAGAAAGUUAAACGAAAAAGAAAGGGGGCGGGAGGAAGGAGACCAAGAAGAAAGGAUCAGCGAAAACGGAGAAGAAGAAGAAAAAAAAAGCUUCUACGAGGCGCAAGAAUAUGAAGGCACUCGGAGAGGAUACGUGUUUAAAAGAGGGGCGAUGGGACAGGGAUACUAUAUAGAUCAGGGUCCAGAAGAGGCAACGCGAACAUUUUUUCGGAAUCUGGUGGCGUGGGGGGAAGAGGAGAAAAGGGACGCGAUUAAUAAGGAGCGGGCGGAGGAAGGUCAAGACGAAAAAGGGGUGGACCAAGAGCAGCAAAAACGGAGAAAAGUGGAGAAACAAGACAAGGAAGCGAGCCAAAACGGUGGUAGCGAGGACGAAAAAAAGAAGCGAACGACGGAGGCCUCCAAUUUCCCCACAGUCGAGAAAUUAAUGGCAGAUGACCCCAUGACAUUGAUGCAGAAAGAGAAUGUACAAAGGGAGAAGGAGAAGAGGAUACAAGAGGAGAAGAGGAGGAGGAGGCAAAGGAAGUACGAAACUCCUAUGCAGCGAGAACUAGCCCAAAUGUAUAGAGCCCUAGAAAAAGAAAAUAGUGAUGGAAAGUGAAUGAAGAAAGAGAAAAAAGUGACUGCAAUACGUUUAUUUCUUUUGGAUGAGAUUGAUGAAUGGAUAGCAAAGUAGAGGCAAUGUGAGGCCUUAUACAUGAAUGAAAUAAAGGAGCAAAGAAGACACAGACCGGGGCUCAAAGCGAAAAAGAAAAUGCGGGGUGUUCUGGCGGGUGCAGAGGGAAGAGCGUAGACAAAAAAUGUAACAGAAAAGAGCGAAAAAAAAUGAGGCGACUGCGUAUGGUUCUUCUUUCGACACGUUCCACGCCAGCCCGGAGGGGUGCGGCGAUGCUAAUCAUUUCGUUCCCGCCAGCCGUAAAGGCACGGCGCUGCCUAUCCUCCCCUCGUACCGCCGAACCGCAUGCGCUGACGCAUUAGGAAACGAAAAGAAAAAGAAAGAGAAGAAAGAAAAACUAUAUAAAAGAAGUGGUGCCAGGGUUGCUAUUUUAAAAGACUGCGCUAAGGCAGCACCCCCCUUCCCCAAGGGGUCCCCCCGGGGCGGGCGCGAUGGCGGCUCUGCGAAUGCGGAGCUCCGCGGGCCGUUUCUAUGGAAACGCAUAUAAAAGGGUGCGGGAAGAAGAUCGGCAAAACGUGUCUGAAAGGGACACGCCGUUGGGUUGCCCGCCAUCGUGAUAGGAUCACCGUGUCUGAUCAUUAGACCCCCAGUAUACUGUUUAGCGCGCAACCGGCCACGCACGUAGUCCUUCGAGCAAGUUUGUAAGACUAACCCAUCAAGGCAAAACUGGAACUCCACCUUGCUCGCGGGCUUGGAUGGUAAGGCAGGUCAGCCACACAUAGCGCCCACUGGUUGUAGUCAUGCGUAAGCAAUCGAUAGCGGUUUGGCAGGUGCAGCCGGGUGGUAGUUAGGAAGUGGACCGUGUCUCCACCUAGGGGUAUUGGCAGAGGCUAAAUCUGUUCUAACGCCCAGGUAUUGGCAGAGGCUAAAUCUGUUCUAACGCCGACCCGCCAGGAGUUAAAUGGUACUACUACUACUAACUUAGUCAAAAGCGCCACCUAGGGGUAUCGGCAGAGGCUAAAUCUGUUCUAACGCCCAGGUAUUGGCAGAGGCUAAAUCUGUUCUAACGCCAACCCGCCAGGAGUUCUGUUCUAAUGGUAUGUAGUGAGGUCACCGAACGGUUCUAACCGGGGAGUUUUUUUGCCAGCCAGACAGCAAAACGGCCGCCAGUUUUCAAGCGGGCGGAAGCGUUUUUGGACAUAAAAAGUUUUCACUUAUCAAGCGGCCGGGGCUUUGAUAGCAAACAAGCCCGGUCGAAAACUAUCGAUUCGCACUUGAUAAAACGACGCAGGGGAGCCGGCAAAAGGGGCGCCCUUUUGAGGCGCCCACCGCCUUGGUUUCUGGCGAUUUGGGGCGCCCAAAAAGGGGCGCGCAAAAAACGCGCCCAAAAUCAGAACAGCGAAACAGCAUGGCACGGCCGCGAUUUCGGAGCAUUUUGGGCGGCCGCGAAAGCGGCCGCCUUUUCGCCGGCUUUAGAGCCUGGGAAGCAUCGCAAAAAGCGCCGGCGUGAAAAAUAAAAACGCGAAAAAGAAAAAGCGCCCCAGACGCGCAAAGCCAAUCCGCAUGCUACGGGCCCGAUUUUUCUUCGCUUUUUGGGCGCCCCCCGUGGCACCCGGAUCGGCCCCAUAGCAUGGGGGCUGGCCUUCGGAAAGGAAUUUCGGGAAUUUGCCAAAAUUUGCGAUGUUUAUGAAGCGGCCGCCAUACCGUGCGGCCUAACGUUACUCGCGGCGGUAUGGUGAGCCCAUAAAAAGCAAAGCCACGGCCAAGGCGAUGGCCGGCAAGAAAACGCCCACGACCUCACUACCUCCGCCCCGGCGGCUAUAUUUGGUACUACUACUACUAACUUAGUCAAAAGCGGACAGCUUCUGGCACUCACGCAACACAGAUUUUUGCAUUAUUUAGAUUUAGCAUGACAACUUCAAAUCUUCCAGACCCAGACAUUUUUGCAUUUGAUACGUCCGCAAGUAGCGUCAUCACGGCAGAAUCGUCGCGCGUGAAACCGUUGACGCCAUCAAAGCAGCAAACGGGCGGGGACCCUUUUGGUGAUGUGGAUCCCUUCGGAACUCCGGGGCAAAAUCCGUUUGGAACGCCCGGACGGCCCCCACCGGAGGUGCUGGCGGCAUCGAAACAGCAGGCCGCUGGUGCGCGCGUGCCACCCGCGCCGGCACCAGCAACUUCCAGCAGUGCAUCUGUGGUACCAGCAGGACCGCAGCGGGCGCAACCAGCCGCCGCUAGUACCGGUCGUGAGCCGCCCCCACAACCUACGGGUACAGCGAACCCUUUUGGAGGACCAGCACCUGCGUCGCGAGUUGCAGCCCCCGCCGUGGUGCAACAACAACAGCAGGCUUCUCCCGCAGUACAGCCGGUGAGGGCAAACACAACGCCCACGAUAACAGAAGCAGCGCAGCCUCCCGUCGUGGCAAGUGCGAAGCCGAAGGUUCCGUCGCCAAGGGGAGUGUCGGUGCCUCCCGUCACCUCACCAAAUUGGUUCGAGAACGAGCAGAAAAUGGAUAGCAUCGAGGCAAAGCUGCAGAAACUGCGGGAGCAACGUAGUUUGGUUUUUUUCGAAUGAGGAUGCUUGAAAAAUUCGUCGAUUUUAGUUUUACGUUGAUGAAGAAACUACUUAUAUCACUCCGGGGAAGAAGUGACGCUCCAUUGAUGAUCCCGAUUAUCUGGUAACCAAAUGCGUGCGCGCGCGCGCGCAGAGCGCGCGCCGGCCCACGAAGCCGGCGCGCGCGCUCUGCGCGCUUGCGAUAUUGCUUAGCAAACGCAGCGCGAAGGCAGUUGCCGUUACCAUAUAGGGCAACCGCCGGGAGGCGUGAAGGUCAGGGAAAUGGCCAGAAAUGAAGCGGGAGAAGGGAAAAAAAGCGGACCAGAUGGGAAAAUGGCCAGGAGGUCAAAAAUGUCGCAAAAACGGCAGAAACCAAGCGGGGGAAGGUGGAAAAAGAGCAUUUUUGCUGUUUGGCCCACUUGAUAUCUGAAAAAGAGACGGACUGUUUUUUGCUCCGCCCGCUGGGCAGCUGCGUUGGAGAAGCAGGCCCGCGACCUGUUCGGAAGCCUUGGGCCGCUUCGUAACUGGAAAAAGUUGGAAAAAAAUGACAAAAAAUUGCUUCAUAGCGUGGGCGGAAGCAAUCGUCGGAUUUUGUGCAGAUCACCCGGGCCACUUAGAAAAAGGAAAAAGAUGAGAAAUUGCGCAAAAGCGCAAUCCUUCCGCAGGCUUCAAAACUGCCAGCCAGAUGCGGGCGGUAAAAAUGUGCAGGUCGCUGGGGCCACUUAGAAACCAGAAAAAAGCGCGAAAAUUAAAAGAAAUCGAGAACCCUCGGCAGGCUUAGAAACUGGCCACCAAGGGCGGUCCGGCGGGCGCGCGCUUACGCCGUACCAUCGCGAUUGGGGAAAAAAAACCGCACUAGAAGCGGGCGGGGGUAUGUCACAAAAUCCCCAUUUGCCCUGGGUUGUGAGCAGAAAUUCGGCAUCUUCCCCGGGUCUGAAAUGGCCGAUUUUGGUGGCCCGGAAGGGUUCGCGGGUUUUCGGCCUUCCACAUACCUCCCGGGCCAGGGGGCCAGUUUGUCAUGCAGGGGGCUAGAAAGGAUGCCCCGCUGCGAGCUAGCAGACCGGAUUUCGCAUUCAAUGCUUAUCGCAGGAACCUGCGAUAAGCUUUGAAUGCGAAUCCGGAAGCCUCCGAUGACCCGGGAUAGCAGUGGGAUUCUAAUUAAAAAGAAAUGGUGGUGGCAGCCGCGCGGCGCAAGCGCGGCCCGCAGGGCCGCGCUUUCGCCGCGCGGCUGGUUAGGCUUUCGCGCUGGUUAGAUUUUCGCGCACGCAUUUGGUUACCAAUAUCGCCCUCCGGGCGCGACAUUCAUAUGAUUUCUAUACUAACUUUUCACGCAUUUAAUCGAUGAAUCAUUAGAUCUAUCUUGCAAAAAACCUUUUCCACCAUCUGUUGCUGCAAACGACAUUCGUUUUUCUUUCAAUGUGGAGACGUUGGAAAUCAAAAGCGUCCUAUCGUCUACCUUUUGCAGCCUUCACGCAAAGUUGCAUUUUUUUGCAAAAACCAAACACAAAAACGUGGUUUUCGUUUUCAGUUUACUUUUCGUUUGCCUUUUCUCAUGAACAAAAAAAAACAAACCAGGUAUCGACAUGGAGCACCAAUUUGCACGCACACGAGAGACGGUCACGCAGGAGCGAACCCGCCGAAAGUCGGAGGUUCGCACCCCCGACAGCAAGCAGCAGGCUGCGUUCGAGAAGGAUCGCGUGCUGCUAGAAUCCGAGCGCGCGAAGUUGGACAAGGACCGAUCGGCUUUCGAAGACCGGGUGCGGCAGUGGGAGGCGGACGUGCAAAGACAAAAAUCCCAACUGGAUUCCGACAAGGCGCUUUUGGAACAGCAGAAGCACGCUUUCAACCUGUCGAAGCAAGCCGCUUCCAGUCACAAUUCCCCCACAGCCUCCAAGGGCUCGGUCAUGGGCGUCACCUCGCAGGAGCGAGAAGCAUUCCAGGCGGAGCAAGCCGCGUUCCAGGCCGAGCGAGAAAACGAGCUGAAGAAAAUCGAAGCGGAGAAAAAGCGAUUGGCCGUCGAACGAGAAGUGUUCAAGAAAAAACGUACUUAUUUUGGCGAUACUUACUAUACGUGCGUUUUCUGGUUUCUGAUUCCAGUAUUUUGGUUCUAUAAUUGGAGUCGGCAAAAAAAAUCCGCCAGGGUUUUUUGAGUCGUUUGUUUUUCGCAUCUUGUUCUGUUUUGCUUUCGCUGAUUCAUUGAUUCCUUCCUCUAUGCUUUGAUACCUGUUCGCUAUCGAAUGAAAUUCAGAAGCAGAACUGUUGGCGUCGGGAUCCUCUGGAGCCAUUGCCCAGGCCAAUCUCGAAGCGGUGGAUCCGCAGCUGCGAGCUAAGUACGAACACUUGAAAAAGGAGUACCGCAACCGGGCAAAGGAGCUGGAGGACGUGAAAAUGGAGAACACACUGUUCCGCCGGCUGGAGCAGAAACGAAACCAGGAACAGAAAUUCACGGAGGAGGAACUGAAAUACACCUACGAAAGCAAAAUCAAGCAGCUCAACGCCUUGCUGGAGGAGAAGCGUAUUACUUACUGCUGAAUUUUUUUACUCACACCUGCACCAUUGAUGCAGACAGACAGAGUGUUUUCUGUUGUUGAAAAUCCUAACAGGAAACAACAAAUGUUUAGGAUUUACUCCUCUGAUUGAUAUCAAAAUGAAAACAGAGGGGCACAUCAAGGCGUUGGAGGAACGUAUUGCGGCCGAGGUGCAACGGAAGAUCAAAACCGGCGAAGAGAUCAAACAUCGAGAGAGUUUACUGAUAAAGCAGAAAGAACUCCUGAAGGAACACCACAUUCGGGAGAAGGACUUGACGCGAAAACUUCGCUCUGCGUCAUUAUCCGCGUCCAUGCACACGAAUCAGAGCUUGGUAUAGUACAAGUACUUGUGAUGUCUAUCUGCUCCAGUUCUGUGCAGCAUGUGUGUAUUCGAAAGCUUCUAAACUUUCUUUUGCAGUCUUGUUCUUUUUGUUUUUCAAACAGGUAGCAGGAAUUCUGUAUCUGUUUGCUGUCGAAGAUGCUUUUCACCACCGUCUUUUAACCAAAAUUCAGAUCAAUUCCACUACUGGGACGCGCCCCCCGCUCCCCCCAGGGUUGUCGAUGCGCGGGUAUGCGAACCCAUUCCAGAAGUACAAGACGGACGGGUACUCUUCUCGCGACCCGAGCAUUGCCGGACGCAACGAGGGUCGGUCGCCCGGGCUGACGUCGCAAGACGGUAUUUCCUUGCAGGGCGACAACCCAUUUUCCAACCCGCACGCCGAGUUCCCGGUUUCCGACUUCGGGCCCUCCUCAGCGAUCCAUGCGGCGUUCGCGGCCGGGGGGAGUAGCGCGGCGGGGCCGACCAGCUCUUUGCACAUCCCGAGCAGCAUGGUCCACACGCAGUCGCAGCAAUCGCGCUUGAACACGAGCAGCAUGAUCCUGGAUCCGAAGCGCGCGACCGGUGGCACGACCAAUUCCUCGACGGCGGAGAGGGAGGUGGACACGCCGAUGUCCACAACGCAAACCGCGCAGGUGGUGGAAAAUAUGAACAGAUUCGACCCCUUCGGCGGCGCCGCGGGGGACAACGUGUUUGUGAAUCACGAGGCGCUCUCGAAAGGCAGUGGCAAGGUCGUGGACGACCACCAUUUUGCGCCGAGCAGUCGACAGGUAUCUGCCCCACCUUCCAACAAGCAUUCGAAGGAACAGCCGCAGCCAAUGGGUGUCGUUCUGCCCCCACCUGCGGCAGCUGGUGGUGCUCCUGCAGCCUCCGUUGUACAACCGGUGGUCAACAACGCGACAGCCAGCAAAACAAGCAGUUCGCCAUUCGACGCUGUGCACCAACCCUCAAAACCGUCCUCCGUGCAGCCUUCCCCCUUCGAUUCCAUGUUUGAGCCGAGCAGUGCGACGCCUGCCUUGGAACAACAGCAUCAACGACCGCCAAGUAAACCAGUGGCUCCAACCACCACUUCUCACCCGUUCGGCGGGCCCGGGCCCAGUGCCGCAAGCGGACCCUUUGGUGGAGUUGCUGCACCUACUUCCUCCAAGCAGAACAGUGUCGGUGGUCUCUUUGAGGAGCAACCUGCUCCUCCAACGGUAUCGAAGGAACACGUUGUGCCGCCACUGAACCUCUCGCGAGUCAGCAAGGAAAAUAACGCGACGAACGCAUCGAAGACAUCGUCCGUGCCGCCAGCGGGUAGUACUAGUAACGGAGGUCCCUUCGGCGCCGUUGCGCCACCGCAACCGCGGGGAACGACGAAUCCGAUGAUGGCUGUAGUUGCCCCCCCGGCGGCCACCACGGCUGCUGUCCCCGCACAGAAACCGAUGCAGACGCGCGCAGCCAUGGACAUCAACUCGCUCGCGCAGGCUGCGCCUGCUCCUACCAGUACUUCGAAGGGUCCCUUUGACUCCCAGGAUGACGACGGUGAUUUUUUCGCGAUGAUGGGCGCCCCCGGUCCGGCCGUUCCGACGAGGAAAAACAGCAACUUGGCAAACGGCAGCACUCCGCAAGCUGUCGUGCCCCCACAGCCUGCAUUGCACAACUUUGCAAAGCCCACAGGUCCGUCGCCAUCUUCUCAGGCGUCUCUUUUCGGAACCGGGCAGCAGGUACAGCAGCAGCAACGAACUAGCGCCGCAGCACCGCCGCCACCGACAAAUAACGGCAUGAAGAAGUCGUCCGAUCCGUUUGCUGGCCCGCAUGCGAAUGGCGGCGACUUCUUCGCUUCCAUGGCAAAGCCCACAGCACCCUCAGUGGUCGCGCCUCCCGCACCAGCCGCGCCGUCAAAUAAGAUGAGCGAUCUCUGGGGCGACGGUCCGGACAGUCUGUUCUAGUGCGGGGGAAAAGUAGUCGGAGACAAAGGCAAACGAGGACGAGAACUGCGUAAGCAUUGUCACGCCCGCCCGAAAAGGCUAGCUACUGCUCUCGGAAGGAAAAAAAUCAACAGUAUUUUAUCACGCUCAAGAAAUUGAUGAUGAAGCAUCGUAUAUCGUUUGAAAUCUGUAUAUGCUACAAACACGACCUUUCACAGCGACUCGAGUACUCGCUUUUGCCGACGCGCGCACCAGUUUCAAGAAAAAGGGGGCGCGUCGGGUCGCUCUGUAUGUAAAAAACUUUGUACAACUACUACUCCGUGGUAUUACACUUUACACCCUUCGCCCCCAACUGCGUGCGACCACGUUGAGCCGAUUUGUCACUUCAUCAGGAACGAUUUGUCCCACGCUACUGCUUUGCUGCUGAUGCAACGUCCGGCAAUUUUUUGCGUUGGACAGCACUCAACUAGCUUGGCGAUUGGGUAGCGCAAUCUUUUUCUUGAUUGGCGAUCGACCUCAACACGCAUCAUGUAGAAACAAUCAUUCAUGUUUGUACUUACACACCGACCCUGGCCACUCCGUAGCGAUACUUGGGUCCAAACCAAACUCCGUGUUGUCCUCACGCACGAUUUUUAUUGGCGACGUUGUGAAGCGACGACCUCUACGUCAAAUUCACAUAUCUUGUGCGACACCGAUAUUGUAGCAAUUUUUUGUCCGAUGUAGCAGCAAGCUUUGAUUUUUCUACCGCGAAAAUUUCAACCCCUAGUAGAGACCUUCACCUGUACCGAAACAAAAAGCAUCACUCCAUCGAGUGAUUGCAAACCUUGGCGUCUGUAUUCGAAGAAAAACUACGAAUUUUUAUAGUACGCGCUACUCGGGGUGUGCUGGCGCAGGAGGAGUGCUGGUCUUCACA